CGAAUGGUAUUUCAUGAUCAGUCAGUGCACUAGACGACUUGUCCAGUUGCGGACGUCUCGCUGUCGCAUUUCCGUGGGACACCACGUUCCAAGUCGACGCCGUCUGUUGUUUCGCGCCUAUUUAUUAUUCUUUUAAUCACUCGAUUCUUGUAUCGACUCCAUACUCUUGAAUCUAUUGCCGUCUUCAGCGAUCCGUUACAAUUGUUAUCAACGAAAUUAAUUGUUUUGUGUGUGUGUGUUUAUUUUCCUCAUAGUCAAUUCGCGUGUGGUGUGUAGCUGUGUCGAACAGUGCUCAUUAUUUUGGAUUACCUGUUAUAUGGAUGCAACUCCUGCGGAUGGAAAUCGGCGGGUAUCGUCGACACCAUUUCAUGGCAGUAUAGUUAAUGAAGUUGCAGAUAAUAAUACCAUGUGGGCGCGCGAAAUGUAGGCGUCAGGCGAGCUAGCAUGCGGAGCGCCAGCACAGUGAGCGGCCCUCUACUGUCUGUUUCAACGCCUGUCAGCCAACAAAACCGGUUCGCUGCCGUCCAUCUGCUCACCGGCCAAUCUCUGUACUUCGUCGUUGAGGGUAAAUCCCGGGUAAAGGAAGUGUACUCACAACUAACAACUUACAUGGUAGCUCAGGGAAUGCAGGAUAUUGAAUUGUUCGCACUGGCAUUUAUUUUAGAUGAUGAAUAUUUCUUUGCCGAUCCCGAUAGCAAGUUGUCAAAGUACUCUCCUAAAAGUUGGAAAUCUUCUUCGACUUAUGGUCUCGAUCAAAAUGGUCAGCCACUCCUUCAACUGCAUUUACGUGUUAAGUUCUACGUAGACACUACUAAGUCCAUUCGUGAUGAAGUUACCCGACAACAUUAUUAUCUUCAGCUACGCAAAAAUAUUGCAGACAGAGGAGGUACAACGGAUGAUGGUGACCAAAAUGUUUUACCUUUGGUGGCAUUGAGCCUCCAGGCGGAUCUUGGUGAUCAUACGGCUGAUACAGAUAUCUCAUCCGAACUCCUUGAACAGUAUCUACCGUCAAAGGUGUACAAAAAUAGCGAACAAAAAGUGAAGCAGACGUUGAGCGCUUUACAUAAAGGUCAUAAAGGAGUGUCAAAAAGUCGUGCUCAGACGCUGUUUGUUCAGGAAGCUGGACUGGUUCAUAAGUCUCAUCUGUAUCGGUUGCGAUUAAAUAAAACACAACCCAAACAAGCUGCUGGUACAGCUCUAUCCAUAUGUAACAGUGUGUGGUUGGCUAUUUGUACAAAUGGUAUACAACUUUUCCACGAGAGUCUAUCGCAAGCAUUGAGCUGCCUCUUUUUGUGGAACAACAUAGUCAAACUAUGCUUCGAUCGCAAAAAAUUCGAGUUGAGGCCAUCAAAUGCGGAUAGACUGGUGUACUACACAAAUUCUGACGAAAAGAGCAAACGUCUUUUGGCUCUGUGUCGGGACACCCAUCAAUUUUGUAUGACAGUACACCCUAGACUGUUGGACACGUUAUUGAUCAACAACACAACGGUAGAUAAAAAUGCCUUUGAUGGGUUAAAAUGGAUGAACGAGAAGAAAAUUAAAGUUAGCAACGCAAAAACGAUAGACAGAAAGUGUGAAAACGAUUCAAACUUGAGUAUCUUAACUACCGAUCAAAAAACGAAUGAUAAGUUACAGAAUGGAAGUAUAUCGUCUAGUGUGGAGCUGGGAUACAGUCAUACGACUCAAAACUCAACGGUGUCCGAACUGGACUAUUCGGUUCAGUCAGCGCAAGAUAGCAGCGAUGCGUACCUCAUGUAUAUACACCCAAGAGCAAGGAAUGCUUACGUAGAAACCAGCAAUCAAUCUGCUCAUACCAGCAGUGGCGUCUACACGUGCCCUAGUUACAGUUCGGCGAAAGAUACCACAUCCGCGUCAUAUACUACUGAGAACAGUAGUAUCAGCUAUCAAUCGGAAAAUAAGUCUGAUGCCCUUUCGCCACCACCGCCUCCACCACCGUCCAUUAUACCAGCUACUGACUGUACGGACUCGGCUUACACUUCAUUGCCUAAUGGAGAUUACGAAGCGACACGAAAUAGUGCCCGCAGUCCGACUGUCGCGUCAACCCGGACCGAUGACGCAGAUGAUUGUAACCAAAGCGAUGAGUAUACGUUGUCUAGUCGAAGUCAUAGGAGACGAUCGGCCAGCGAAAGUUCUUCCUAUCGAGCUACGACGGCAACUACAGUAUCUGAAAAUGGCAUAUCGUCCAAAUGUGGCGACAGUGGAUGUGGAAAUAGAUGCACUCUAGAUGGUUAUACGGACGACGCACCUCGUAGCCGCAGUGGAUCGAUGGUAAGCAAUUCUGGCAGUUUUCGAGGUGAUGGUAGCGACCCAACGGAUGGAAGCCGUGGUGCUUUAUUAUCAGCUGCUGAUCUGUCAGAUUUAAUAGUAGGACGAAAAACGUUGCAGACGCCCCGUAAAGGUUUCUACCCGUCCCGCCCCACCACCAGCUACACUCUUGAUUCUGAUUCGGAUUACGUUACGUUACCACCACCAUCCAUGAACUUCGUAACGGGUGCGCCGUCGUUGUCCAACUUAUCGCUGUCUAACUUCGACUGCAGUAAUGGCCCGUCUCAUUGUGACGUCCGACGAUCGUUUGAUUUCCUGUCGAAUGUUAAAUUCUGCAACGGUCACACUCACCAGUGCGUUAUCAAUGGCAAUAACUAUUUGGAUGUUCACAAGAGUGGCACAGCUUUUUAUCAUCAUAUUUACCCGAGUUGUGUGCCGCCGCCACCUCCUCAUUUGCAUUCUCGACAGCCUCCUCCGCCACCGCCACCGCCGCGGCCAAAGCGUUUUGAUUAUCAACUAGAGCAGUACAAACAACAGUUGCGGUCAGACGUAGACUUCGUCGUGUAUCCCCUUCAAGAUCCAGCUGUCAGCCGACAAGAAUACGCAGAUGCUAAAUCAGCUCGCGGACAAUAUCAUCGUUAUUACGGUCGGGACCCACCAUCGUACCAAGUAAACGCACACUUGUACAGAAGCACUCCAAACGUAGCGGCUGUGUCACAUCACCACCAUCUACACCAUCAUCAUCAGCAGCCUUACUGCCAUCAGCAAACGAUAUCGGCGUUACCGCCACCUCCAUUACCGCCGUUGCCACCGCAUCUCAAAUAUGCUUCCAAUCAAAAUUUACAGCUUUUUCCGGCGUCAGCGACAACGAACGGUCACAACGAGUACGUACUGCCAACUCGAACGUUUUCGCACGAAAACUUAUUGUCGACCGCGCCUGUGGUACCGCCAAAAGUAGUGUUGCGGAGACGACCGCCUCCCCCUCCCCCACCGGUAACCGGACUCCAGAAACCUGCGGCUGUGGUACGCCCUAGACGCGCGUCCGCCAUUGUUGAACCCACACCGACGUCGGUCGCAGACACCACUGUGCUCGACAUCGAAUCGCUUCGCGAGAAAAGCCGCAAUUUGGAUUUACCGCUCAUCUCGGCUUUAUGCAACGACCAAACGUUGCUAAAGCAGACAAACACGUUGGCUACCGAAAAUAAGUCCACUCAAACCAGCUCAGUACCUAUGUCGGCCAUUGGUCCUAACACUGUUCUAGUCGCGCUCACGUCUACACCCCAGUCAACAACGCCCGUGUCCGGCGAGUCAACUGUAAGUGCAUCUAGGACACCGUCCAACAGCUGUUCCAAGUGUACUAUGACCAACGGUUCGUUUUCUCCUGGAUUUGUUUCAAUCACUGCCGCCGUCGGGUCUACCACAACAAAGGUCAAAUCAAAUGUUAAUCACAUCAAAACUAAUACAAAUAUUACGUAAGGUUAAGUUAUUAAUUUUAAGUGUUUAAAUUAUAUACUUGGGGAUGCAAAAUUGUUAGUCGUCGAAUCCAACUGCGUGUUUUGCUCGAUUUAUUUAUUUUUUGGAGAGCGUACGUUAUGAUGUGAAACAAUGAAAGAAGUCGCGUAGGCGUUUAAGGUGAAAAUACUGCCAUAAGUAUAAAAUAAAAUAAACAUAGGAUUGUUAUUGGAAGUAAAAAAGAGUUCGUUGAAACCGUUAAGAUAUUUUUACAGCAAAAAUUACCGAGAUUUUCUAAUUGAUUUUCCAGGCGCUAAUAAGUUUGAGUAGACGCCAAUAAAGUGAACAAAAAAUUAAUUUAGAGUAGACUUAAGUAUUUAAGUAUGGCAAUUUUCGGAAAUUUAUUUUACUGAUAACUUGUUUAAAUCCUAAAAUUUAAAAACAGCUUCCUUGAAUACUUCAGAGCAUGUUUGCAAUUAUUUACUUAGCUUAGAUGCCUUUCGUGACGUUAUCACGCGUUUACAAUUUAGUAGUUCUGUUACCUUAUCAUUUAGUAGUAUUAAAAAAAAUUCGUAUUAGAAAAAUAACUUCGUGCCAGAGGACAUUUAUUAUAAUUUAUGAACGUGUGAUCGUACUUUACGUGGUUUUUUCUGGGCCAACUAAAAAUCAUUUUUACUUAAUGUACUUGUUACGCAGCUCACUUAGAUUAGUUCAAUUCUAGUCAAAUGAAGUUUUAUUUUUAAGAAGCACAAAAUGUUUUAACAUAAGUACGAUACACGUUUAAGUUCAAGACUUUUAAAAUUAGUUGUUAAAAAUUGUACAAUUUAUUUUACCUAUGUGUCAAUCUAUUUUUUUUACAUACAUAACUAGAUAGUAUCACUAUUUUUGUACUCGUAAGGAAUUUUCUUCUUUCUUUAUAUAGUGUACAAUAGGUAAUUUUGUUUAAAAUUAAUAUUUAUGCUUUCUUAUUUAUGUUUCCCGUUUUCUAUAAAAUGAGGAUAUUUUAUAGAAUUGUAAUUCGAGGACAUCAUGCUUGAUUCAUUCGAUUAUUUUAUCUACCAUGUAGAUAUUUAUCUAAGUUAAGUGAAAAUUAAUAUUGAUUGUAGCCAUAAAUUAAAUAUUGAUGUUGUUAUUGAAAAAUGAAUAAAAAAAAUGUGUUCAAAUAAUAGCUUAUUAUCUAGAUUGUUAAAUAUGAAUAAUGUAAUUAAAUUAGCACAGCAGUGUGAAAAAGUGCCAAAUAAAUUAUUAAUUAAAUAGAAUAAUAGUCAGUUUAAUAAUCCUACAUUUUUUUUUAAACUAAAUUGUAUGCCCAUUUGUUAAAUGUUUUUUUUUAUAAUAAAAAAAAUAUUUUGUAACAUUAAAGUUAGUUACCUAAUUAAUGUCUUAAUCGUUAAGAACUUCCAAUAGUAGCAAAAUUUAAAUUCUAUUAAAGACUUGGAGUAACAGAAAUAUUUGUUUUCGAAUCAUAUUUAGUAAUUUAAAAAAUAUCAAAAGAUUCUUUUAUGAUAAGUAAAAAUGAUAAAAAAAAACAAUUUUUAUUCAGGGUUAUACGUUUUCUGUAUGUAAGAUCUAUGCAAAUUUAUAAAUUAUGUAUUUUAUUGUUUAAUUAAUAAAUUAUAAAUCAAUGUAUAUUUUUGUUGGCCUUAUUAAAAUUAAUCAUAAAAGAAAUUACAAAUAAUCAAAAUGUUUUUAUAUCAAGAUCAAUAUUUUUUUGUAAGAACUGAAAAUGCAAAAUAAAAAUUUAAUGAUUAACAACAAAAUUUGUCUGUUCAUUCAUUUUAGUCAUUAUUAAGUGGUGUACAUUUACACACAAAA